AUGACUCCCUCCUGGCCAGCACCCCGUCGGGAAUACCCCGAUUCACUAUUCACGGACGAACAACGCGCCAGAUCGAAGCGGAAUGUUAAAAAGAUCAACCAGCAUAUCAUGGACUGGGUAGACCCAGGGUACAGGAUGACUCUGGAUGAUCAUUCGGCGAUCGUCAUGAGAACCAUAUUCGACAUUGAUCGUACCAAGGUACCAUUCAUAGAUGAUCCCGACAUUCGCCCAGAAGAAAUCAUCAUGAACAUGGACAAAUAUGUGCUCAUGGGAAAUCACUUUUUCAAAACCAGGGCCGCUUCAAGGAUGCCACCCAAACGGACGGGUCAGUUGGAUAUCGAAGAGAUUGUGGGUACCCUGUCGAGAACCCGCAUAGACAGAAACAUCGACACGGAUAAUGCUCAGGCGCGGGACAACCACAAGUGUAUAAUUACACAGUUCGCCGAUCCUGAAAUGGCGCACAUAUUCCCCAACUCCGCCGUCGGGUCCAAGGCUGAGAUUGAGCUGACCACGGCUUGCUGGGAAAUUACCCAAUCGCUACUGGGAACGGAGUUCCACAACCGGUAUAUUGCAGAUCUGUCGGGACAGGCUGUUAAUACGACAGGGAACGUGGUGGCUCUCACCAAGACCCUUCACGACUGGCUCGAUCGGUGUUAUUGGGCUUUCAAGGUGUGGUCAAACCCUGACGAUAACGCAGCUGGAGUAUAUCGUACCGUAUUCCAAUUCUACUGGCUCCCCGCGGAAUUUGCGGACAAAACCAAAUUCCCAGUGUAUGCGACCAUCGAUGGACCGGACAAUACGGUGGACCGAAUUUGGGAAGUCAUGGAAAAGCAUCGCAGCCAAGGUUUCCCACCUCGGGAACCCUUUGAUGGGGAUGGCUACAUCGGAGCCUAUUUGAGAGGGCGCCAUGACUUAGAGACUGGUCACCUCUUCAAAGUGGAUAACAGUAGCAAGGGUGAGGCGCAGGUCAUGGCGGACAUGGGCAAUGUACAUUUUCCGAUGAUGUACUUCAAUAUGCUGCGGGGGGUAAAGAUGUUGAAGGCGGGUAGUGGCAACAGUGGAAAGGGCGACGAUGGACGCGGUGAGGGUAGGAGCACCGCCAAAGACAAGGAACGCGAUCAAUCGUCUGCCGGAGGGACCACAAAGCGAGGCCGGGGUACCACCGCUCGUCGUGGAAAGAGAGGCAAAGUGUCAUCUGUAACUGAUCCCACCUUCUACACGGAUCCCCAUGGUCAUGAUGGACCAAGUGGUGGUGGACAAGGCAGUGGUGGUGGAAAAGGCAGUGGUAAAUAG